CGUCAUGUUGCGCCGCGCCGUUCAGACCUCGCGCAAGGCUGUGCAAGCAGCCUGCAAGAAAGCCGCGCCGAUUGCGUCCAUGCACGUGAUGGCUCGUUUCCAUACCUGUGUACCCAUGGCUCGUCGUGGAUUCAUGGACACCAGUGCCUCAGCAGGUGUUCGCUUCAUGUCGUCGAACGCCACGCGCCCCGUGAAGCUUGGUGAUCAAGUGUCCGUCCUCAUUGAAGGACGCUUGUCCAACGGUGACAUCUUUGACGAGAAGGACACGACUCCUCAAAAGUUCAUCGUUGGCGACUCCGACGUCAUCCCGGGGUUGGAAGAAGGUCUGUUGGGCAUGGUCAAGGGUCAAACAAAGGUCAUUAUUAUUCCCCCUGAGCUUGCGUUCGGACCUGCGGGCGAUACCGACAACCACGUGCGCAUUCCCAAGUCGGAACUAAACUUGCUGCCAAGUGAAGAAGCAGAUUUGCAAAUUGGCAACUACAUCGGGUUGGACAACGAAGGCGAUAUGGCCAAGAUCAUCGACAUGGACAUGGACUCGAUUGUUGUCGACACGAGCCACGAGUUGGCCGGCGAAACCCUGCACUUGUCGGUCGAAUUGGUCGGCCACACUCCGCUCGAAGAGCUGAGUCCCAGUGAACGCCUCGUUGUGCCGCAUGAAAUCUCCCCCGGUGACGAAGAGACGUACCCUGAACCCGGUGACACAUUGGCCGUGCAUUACGAAGGCUUCUUGACCGACGGAACCAUGUUCGAUUCAUCCCGCAAGCGUGGCAAACCCUUUGAAUUCAUCAUCGGGUCUGGCUUGGUGAUCAAAGGCUGGGACGAAGGCAUGCUCAACAUGAGCAAGGGUGAAAAGGCCAGGUUGUACAUCCCGGCGGCCAAAGGAUACGGUGACCACGGCGCGCCGCCUGCAAUCCCCCCGAACGCCGACUUGAUCUUUGAAGUCGAGCUCAUCCAAAUCAAGAAGCGCCACUAAACUGUACAUGCCAUCAUUCAUCCACACCUACCGCAUUUUGUACUAUUAGGAAAGUACUAAUAGACUACUACGUAGUACUACUAAAGUUGUACUUCUCCACA